CGGAAGGCAAGAACAUUGUUCAUGUUUUUGCACUUACUCUUAUGUGUGAUUAAAGUUUCAAACUUAUUCCUAAAUUUCUGCUUCUUAUUACAUAGAUGAAGGAAAAAAGAGUAAAGCGUUUUUUCCUUUAGAAGAUGGGCUUCAAGCCAUGUUGAGAAAUUUCAUGGAUUUUACUGCAUUUUCAGCUCUGAGGCCCAUACGGCCCACAUAGGAUUGGUUAGAAAAAAAUAGAGAAGUAAAUAAGUAAAGAUGAAAAGCAUCAGAAAAAGAGAUUCUGAAAGAAUAAAAACAUAUUCUUUCUCUCAAAUGCUUUCCUUUUAAUGGAGACGAAGACGGAACCCUAAUUUCCGCAAAUUCACUAUGAAGCGUAUUAUCAGAAUCUCAUUCACCGACGCAGAAGCCACCGAUUCUUCUAGCGACGAAGACACGGAGGAGCGUGGAGGAGCAUCCCAGACUCGGCGCCGUGGGAAACGCCUCGUUAAAGAGAUCGUAAUCGAUCCUUCCGAUUCCGCCGAUAAACUCGAUGUCUGCAAAACACGGUUCAAAAUCAGGAUCCCGGCGGAAUUUCUCAAGACGGCGAAAACGGAGAAGAAAUAUCGUGGAGUGAGGCAGAGGCCGUGGGGGAAGUGGGUGGCGGAGAUCAGAUGUGGAAGAGGAGCUUGUAAAGGACGACGUGAUCGUCUCUGGCUGGGUACUUUUAACACUGCUGAGGAAGCUGCUCUAGCUUAUGAUAACGCUUCAAUUAAGCUGAUUGGACCUCACGCGCCGACCAAUUUUGGUUUGCCGGCGGAGAAUCAAGAGGAUAAGACGGUGAUUGGAGCUUCUGAGGUUGCUAGAGGCGCGUGAAGUGGGGUUGGUAAUUUAGUUGUUAGCAUUAGCAAGAAGGUCUCUCUCGUAUUUUGUAAAUUCAUCUUCUGAUGUUGUGUAUGAUCUUGAUGUCUUUCGUCUAUGUAUAUAUAUGAAACUCGAGAAAUGAACUAUAUUUUGAUUUACACACAAAUUUUAAGGUACAAAUUUUUUUGAAUUUUUAAAACGUUUAGGAAAGAAAAGUUUGGGUUGAAAUAGGCUCUUUUUAUUUGUAUACUAUUCAAUCUUUUUACCAUUUAUGGAUCAACACAUAAUAGAACAGAACUCUAACCAAAUUGAACGUUAAUG